AAUUUCAAAAUAUUUUAUGAAGUUAGCAUUGUGAAUUUGUGAUUAUUCUGUUGAUUGUGUAACGUAUUUAAACUAAAAAUUAUAUUCUUUAAUCAAUUGUAAAUACUUAUUUAUGAAAUUGCAAACUCUUCUGUAAUACUAUGAAUUAGAAGUUACUUAACUAUUUAGGAAAAUAUAUUGGUUAUUAUGCUUGAUUGUUAGUAUUUAUUGGAACAAACGUAAAUAACGAUAACAAAACAUGUCAAGAAUACUCAACCAUCGCAUGAGAUCAUCUCUAAAGAAACAAUCAUGGUCACCGGUGGACAAGCGUGCUGUGGGAUUUUCGAUUUGGACUGGACGUAGAGUACUCCUUCAUAAACCUCUUGACAGUUAUCAAAUUCAAAGAAGAACAUAUGGGAUGUUAAUUGCUAGGGCAGUGAGGGGAGUCCUAAAAAUUAGAUAUUUGCUACUUGGAGGAGCUGUUGGUGGUGGCAUGACACUGAAUAAGAAAUAUGUGGAGUGGAAAGAUGGACUUCCAGAUAUGGGUUGGUUGAAUGAUUUACUUCCAGACAAUAAUCAAUGGGAUAAAUUUACAUCAACAUUGAUCACCGCCAAAGAUAAAGUCAGUGAUGGACUGCAGAUUGUAGGUGUGCCACUGACGCUGUCGAUACACUCAGAUCCUCGACUGCGCGAGGCCGGCAUAGCGCGCGCUGCUGAGUUGAGGGACUGGCUCUCCCAGAGGUACGAGGAUGCUGUGGCUGCAGCGGCUGUUAACAACGCCACCACAACCAAUAUUGAGGCAGCCGCGCCGAUAGCUAACAACUUACAAAGCAAACCUGCCCCAAUGUCAGCGGCAAAAACCAACGAUGACAGUAAGAGCUAUGAACGUCGCGUUCAUGCCCUUCAGGAAGAAGUUCUCUCCCUCCAGGCGCGCUAUCAACGGGAGUUGCAGCGCUUGGAACAGGAGAACAGGGAGUUACGUCAGCAGAAUAUGCUACUCCGACAAGGAAGACAGCUGCCUACCAAAAAGAUCAAGCGGUCGUUGAUCGACAUGUACUCAUCAGUGCUGGAUGAACUGGCCGGCUGGGAUUCCGGGGAGGCUGGUAGACUUCCCCGAGUGGUAGUGGUGGGAGAUCAGUCUGCGGGCAAGACUUCCGUGCUCGAGAUGCUAGCCCAGGCAAGAAUAUUUCCACGUGGCGCUGGAGAAAUGUGCACCAGGGCCCCAGUGAAGGUGACCCUAUCAGAAGGUCCCUACCACGUGGCGCAGUUCAACGAUUCUUCGAGAGAGUUCGAUCUCAACAAGGAGUCCGACCUGGCAGACCUGAGAAAGGAGGUGGAGCUUCGCAUGCGGAACAGUGUGCGCGGUGGGCGGACAGUGUCCUCGCAACAGAUCGCGAUGUCUGUGAAGGGGCCCGGCAUACCGCGUAUGGUGCUGGUCGAUCUACCUGGCGUUAUAUCCACACAAACUGUGGAUAUGGCUUCAGACACUCGAGAGGCGAUCAAACAAAUGACUAAACAGUACAUGGACAAUCCGAACGCUAUAAUACUGUGUAUUCAGGACGGGUCAGUGGACGCCGAAAGGAGUAACGUGACAGAUCUGGUGGCCUCGUGCGACCCUCACGGAAAGAGGACAAUAUUCGUCCUCACUAAAGUCGACCUGGCUGAAGAGAAUCUCGCCAACCCUAACAGAAUCCGUCGUAUCUUAGAAGGCAAGCUGUUCCCGAUGAAGGCGCUCGGCUACUACGCGGUGGUGACGGGCCGCAGUCGCAAGGACGACUCCAUCCAGAACAUUCGGGAGUAUGAAGAACGGUUCUUCCGCUCCUCAAAGCUGUUCAAGGAUGGCCUAGUAGGUGCCGCACAAGUGACAACUCGUAACCUGGCGCUGGGCGUCGCGGAUUGCUUCUGGAGAAUGGUCCGAGAUUCGGUGGAACAGCAGGCAGACGCCUUCAAAGCCAUGAGGUUUAACUUGGAGACGGAAUGGAAAAAUACCUUCCCGAGACAGCGCGAGUUAGACCGCGACGAGUUAUUCGAGCGGGCGCGUGCGGAGCUGCUGGAUCAAUCAGCUGAGCUGUCCGCAGUGCCCGCCGCCGUGUGGGAACGCCACUUGGCGGCCGCGCUCUGGGCCACCACAAGUGACCGGGUCUUCCAACAGAUAUACUUGCCAGCGGCACAACAACAUGAUAUUUCAACAACUGCAGACAAAUUCAACACAACUGUGGACAUAAAACUUCGUGAAUGGGCGGAGAACGAACUGGCAGCGCAAUCAAUAUCUGCUGGCAGACAGGCACUGAGGGAAGAGUUCUUGGAAGUGAUGUCUCGAUCCAAGGAACAGGAUCCGAUCUAUGAGCCUAUCAAACGAGCCGCAGUGGAAGAGGCUUUGGAGAGGCAUCAGUGGGAGGAACGGGCGCAAGAUGUACUCCGCGUGCUACAAGUGAACGCUCUGCAGGACAGGUGCGUUGGGUCGCGAGCGGAGUGGGACUCCGCGGUGACUCUCAUGGACUCCGCGCUCUCUGAGCGGCUGCAGCAAAGUGAACGUGAGCUCAAGACGCUCACUGGUCCGAGUUUUCGUGAACGCUGGCUGUACUGGCAGUCGACUAGCGACGAGCAGCGGCGUAGAGCGGAAGUGAGGUCGGAACUGGAGCGGUUGGGAACGAUGAGACCCAACCUGACUUAUGACGAGGUUGUUGCGGUCCGCGACAACCUGCGGCGGAGAGGGGUGGAGGUGGACAACGAGUACAUCCGGGAAACAUGGAAACCAGUCUACUUGAGAGAAUUUCUGCAGCAAGCCCAGAAGAGGGCGCGUGAGUGUCGAAAGAGCUUCUAUCUGUAUACACAACAAAACGAUAGCGGGAAUGAAUGCUGCGAGGUGGUGAUGUUCUGGCGGGUCCAGUCCGCACUACGAACCACCAGUAACGCGUUGAGGCAACAAAUACACAACCGAGAGAGUGCGCGUCUUGACAGGGAACUGCGGGAAGUCUUAGACGAGAUGGCGUCAGAUCCUGAACUCAAAAAGAAACUUCUGUCUGGUAGAAGAGUAGAACUCGCAGAAGAAUUGAAACGAGUUAGACAAGUGCAAGAGAAGCUUGAAGAGUUCAUCGAGGCUUUGAACAAGGAGAAAUAGUUAUAUUACGUAGUCCAUAAUUAUAUUAUUUAUAUUUACUUGUUGCAUUUUAUUGAAACGUUGCUAAUGAUAAUAUUAUAUAAGUUACCGUAAUUAUUGGAUGUGGUAAUGUCAAAAUGUAACAGACGCGUCUCAUGCGACUUGUAAUAUAAAAUAAGAACUAUUUUUUUAAUAAUACAAACGCUGUUUUCUUAUUUGUC